UCACUGUCACAGCAACUAGCCACGCGCGACGCAGACGCAACCGACGCAACUAACUGGAUUUGAUUUAAUAAUAAAAUUGAAUAAAAUUCAUUGUUUUCGUUUUCAAUUUUAAUGAAUAGAUUUCUUUGUAAUGUAAACUGUGUGUGUUUCCUAGUAUAAACUGUAUAGUGAUUUCACUUUUUGGUUGUAAAAAUAUUAUUGAAAUACAUAUAAAAUCAAGUGUAAUCCAAUGGAAGUAAAACAAGAAGUUAAGGAGGAAAUCUGUAAAGUAGAAGUAGAGUGUAAUGACCUGGAUGAUGCUCCUUUGGAUGACUUUAAAUGUGAAAUCAAGGAGGAAUCCAAAUGGCAAAGUACACAUGACACCAAUGAUUAUUUAGACGUGAAGGAACUUCCUAUAAACACUCAAAUAGAUCAACAUGAAAUUAUUCACCCAUUUGAAGAAGACCAAAAAACCGAAAAAGAUGAUCUCCAUGAGGACAAAGUGGAAAUUUUGGAGGCAAUAACUGAGCAUUCAUUACACGAAGGAAAUUCUAUGAAUCCACAUGCUGAAGGAAAAACAUUAAAUACAAAUAGAAAAGUUGUAACCGGAAAAAGGCAUCAUAAAUGUGAAGUUUGUUUCAAAAAGUUUACUCGAAAAGGUCAUUUAACUGAGCACAUGAUAGUUCACACUGGAGAAAAACCUCAUAAGUGUGAAAUUUGUCUUAAAAAGUUUAUAAGAGAAAGACAGUUGAAAAUACAUAUGAGAGUGCACAGUGAGGUAAAACCUUACAAAUGUGAAAUGUGUUUUAAGCAAUUUAUUGACUCGAGCAAUUUGAAAAACCAUUUGAGAGUGCACGAGAAACCUCAUAAGUGUGAAAUUUGUUUUAAGCAGUUUAGUAUAGAAAGUAAGUUGAAAAUACAUUUGAGAGUGCACACUGGGGAAAAACCUCACAAGUGUGAAAUUUGUUCUAAGCAGUUUAGAUUUAUAGGUAGCUUCAAAUACCAUUUGAAAAGUCAUAAUGGAGAAAAACCUCAUAGGUGUGAAAUUUGUUUCAAGCAAUUUAUUCAAGCAAGUGAAUUGAAAAGGCAUUCGAUAGCGCACACUGGGAAAAGAUCUCAUAAGUGUGAAAUUUGUUUUAAGGAGUUUAUGCAUGCAAGUGAUUUGAAAAGGCAUUUAGUCUUGCACACUGGGGUAAAACCUCAUAAGUGUGAAAUUUGCUUUAAGCAGUUUAUUAGAGCAAGUGAAUUGACAAUACAUUUAAGAGUGCACAAUGGGGAAAAACCUCACAAGUGUGAAAUUUGUUUUAAGCAGUUCACUGCAGCAAAUAAUUUUAAAGUACAUUUGAGAGUGCACACUGGAGAAACGCCUUACAAGUGUAAAAUUUGUUUUAAACAGUUUAGAGAACGAGGUUAUUUGAAAAAGCAUUUGGUGAGGCACGCCGGAGAAAAACCAUAUAAGUGUGAAAUUUGUUUUAAGCAGUUUAUUACAGCAAGUAAUUUGUCAAUACAUUCGAGAGUACACUCUAGAGAAAACCCUCAAAAGUGUGAAAUUGAGAAAAACUUAGAAAAACCUCCUGAAGUUAAGAAACCCCAUAAGUGUAAAAUUUGUUUUAACCAGUUUACUACAGUAAGUUGCUUGAAACAACAUUUGCUGGUACACACUGGAAAAAAACCUCAUAAGUGUGAAAUUUGCUUUAAGCAAUUUAUGCGAGCAAGUGUUUUGAAUGUACAUAUGAGAGUGCACACUGGGGAAAAACCUCACAAGUGUGAAAUUUGUUUUAAGCAGUUUAGACGAAUAGGUGACUUGAAUUGCCACUUAAAAAUUCACACUGGGGAAAAACCUUAUAAGUGCAAAAUUUGUUUUAAGCAGUUAAGUCAUCCAAGCAAUUUGAGAAGACAUUUGAGAGUGCAUACAGGGGAAAAACGUUACAAGUGUGAUAUUUGUUUAAAAAGAUUUAUUGAAAAUAGCCAUUUAAAAAAUCAUUUGAGAUUGCACACUGGGGAAAAACCUUACAAGUGUGAAAUUUGUUUAAAGCAGUUCACAGUUAAAUGUGAUUUGAAAACACAUAUGAGAGUGCACAGUGGGGAAAAACCUCAUGAGUGUGAAAUUUGUCUUAAGCCGUUUUUUACAGCAACUCGUUUGAAAAUACAUAUGGGAGUGCACACCGGGGAAAAACCUCAUAAGUGUGAAGUUUGUUGUAAGCAGUUUGGAGACAUAAGUAACUUAAGAAGGCAUUUGAGAGUGCACACGGGAGAAAAACCACAUAAGUGUGAAAUUUGUUUGAAACAAUUUACUGAAAACAGUAGUUUAAAAAACCAUUUGAGAUUGCACACUGGGGAGAAACCUCACAAGUGUGAAAUUUGUUUUAAGGAAUUUAAUCAAGCAAGUAGUUUGAAAACACAUAUGACAGUGCACACUGGAGAAAAUCCUCAUAAGUGUGAAAUUUGUUUUAAGCCGUUUUUUACAGCAACUCGUUUGAAAAGACAUAUGGCAGUGCACACCGGGGAAAAACAUCAUAAGUGUGAAGUUUGUUGUAAGGAGUUUAAAGAUAUACGUAACUUGAGAAAGCAUUUGAGAGUGCACACGGGAGAAAAACCACAUAAGUGUGAAAUUUGUUUGAAGCAAUUUACCGAAAAAGGUAGUUUAAAAACACAUUUGAGAUUGCACACUGGGGAAAAACCUUACAAGUGUGAAAUCUGUUUUAAGCAGUUUUCUCGGGCAGGUGAUUUGAACAAACAUUUGAGAGUGCACACUGGGGAAAAACCUCAUGAGUGUGAAAUUUGUCUUAAGCCGUUUACUACAUUAAGUAAUUUGAAACAACAUUCGAAAGUACACACUGGAGAAGAACCAUACAAGUGUGAAAUUUGUUUGAAGCAAUUUACCGAAAAAGGUAGUUUAAAAACACAUUUCAAAUUACACACAAGAGAAAACCUGCAAUAACCUAUUGUAGGCCAGGGUAAUAAGACCAAAAUAUACCCUGUUCGUGACACUUCAACAGCCAGGGUACUGAAGAGUUUUUUCGACAGGUAAUACCUAUAAGAACAAAUUUUAACUAUUUCCUGGGUUGGAUCUGGCGGUCAUUUUUUUUAUAAUCAAUUUAUUGUCAAACGGCGUGUUUUCUUUUUUUUUUCUAAUCAACGGAUAACACUGAAACUUAUGGUUUUUUUGUAUAAACAUUAUCGAGGGCAUGGAAAAAGCGUUAAAAUGACGUAUUUCAAAGUUUGCUAUACUCAUUUAUUGUUAAAUAAUUGCGAAAAAAGGUCGAAAUUGCAAUAAAAAUUAAUUUCGCAAUUAAUAUUGUAAGAACUAGUGUACAGCUUUGAAAUUUUUGUCAAAUGAAGGUUCUUUGGUACUUAAUAUGUGACAAAAAUUUCAAAGCGAUUCAUUCAAUUGUUGGAAUUUUAUUCAAAUUGUUUAUCUCAGAGAGCAGUUUUUUUUGCAAUAACAUGUCAGAAAAAAAUUAUGUUAGAACCAUUCCACGGGUGUUAAAUGAAAGAGCAUGAGCUAUAUUUUCAAAUUGGUUUAAAAAAGUAAAUAAAGAAUGAAUUUAUUAGUAAUAAAUAAUUACCUAUGCAAAAGUAUCGUCAGUCUUUCCUUAUAAACUUUUUGAAUAAAUUUUUUCAAAAAAAUCUAUUUUGUUACUGUUUAAGGUGCACAACUACCAAAUAUGUAAUGUUAUUUAUACAGGGUGUCCCGGAAAAUAGUGCGUUCCUUAAAGAUAUAGGUAGAAAGCACCAUGUAGAACAAAAAACUCUUAUAACAUUUUUUUCUAAAUUCAACCGUUUGACCAAAAAACUAUAAAACAUUUUGGAAUGCAAAUUCAAAUCUGUGAAGUACAAAAAUCUAAACGUAAAUAGUCCCAUGUUUAGUAAACAGAUAAUUUGGAAGAAUCCUGUUUAGUGUCAACACCGAAAAUGUUUUUGAAUCGUGUGUUCAUGAGUAAUAUUAUGAUUUCUUUUCUUUUUCUUUUUCAUGCUUUACUCGGUUUAGAGUACAAAAUGACCAAGUGUUCUUAAGGUAUUCUGAGACGCAUUGUUGGAGAAGCUCCUCCUAGCGGCGCCGCUUGAUACUAUCGUAUCUCGGUUAACAGAAUCCUGACUCUUGGUCGAAAUUUAUUUUAUUUAUUUAAUAUUAUGAUAUUAUGUUGAUUAUUUAUGGCAGAUCAAUAAACGGAGAGGCAUACUACCUACUAUAAUUUCUUUCAUAAUGUUUUGCUGGAAUUUCUCGUCGUAUGAGUGCAUGAUACUCUAUGAAUUCAUGUGUUCCCAAAAGUGGUGGUUCAGUUAAAAUAUGUAAGUAUAAUUCGUUUAAAAUUAUGCCAUAUUUCAACUACAUUUAGGCCCGGUCUUUUCACCUCCGAAUAAAUAUUUAUUAGGAAGUUUAUCCGGCAGAUUACAUGUAAAUCUGUCAAAUAAACCUCCGAAUAACUUUUAUUCGGAGGUGAAAAGACCGGGCCUUAAAAAAAUUAUAGUAUACAAAAAUAGUAAGUAUUAGGUUGGAUCUUUUUGAAUACUGUAAGACACAAACGAGUUAGAGAUUAUAGUAUAGAGAUUGAGAUUAUUUAAUUUUCUGAAGAUUAAAAUUCAGAUAUAUGGAAACCAAUGUAAUCUUUUUUUUUGGAAACGGUAAACUUUACAAAAAAAUGGUAUAGGACUUUUUUGUUCUAAAUUGUGUAUUCUAUCCAUACCUUAAAGGAACGCACUAUUUUCCGGGACACCCUGUAUAAUAAUUGAUAAAACAUUGUAAUAAAGAUAUUUUAAUUUAUCACAUAUGUAUAAAUAAAUAAAAAGUUUAUAAGGAAAGCUUGACGAUACUUUUGCAUAAUUAUUUAUUACUAAUAAUUGUAUUUUUUAUUUACUUUUUUUAAACCAAUUUGAAAAUAUAGCUCAAGGUCUUUAAUUUAACAUCUGUGGAAUGGUUCUAACAUGAUUCUUUUUUGACUUGUAUGUUAUUGCAAAAAAAAUACUCUCUGGGAUAAACAAUUUGAAUAAAAUUUAAUUAAUUUAAUGAAUUGCUUUGAAAUUUUUGUUACCUAUUAAGCACCAAAGAACCCUAAUUUGACAAAAAUUUCAACGCUGUACACUAAUUUUUAUAACAGUUAUUGCGAAAUGAUAUUUUUUUAAUUUCGGCCUUUUUUUCGCGAUUAUAUUAACAAUAAAUGAGUUUAUUAAACUUUGUAAUGCGCCAUUUUAAAGAUUUUUCCAUUCUCUCGAAGAUGUUUGUUCUAAGAAAACCUUAAGUCGUACUGUUUUCCAUUAAUUUGAAAAAAAGAGGCCGUUUUUUGACACUAAAUUGUUUAUAAAUAAAAAUAGGUCUUGAUCCGGCGUAUGAAAAAAAAGUUGAUUAAUAGCAAGCUGAAAAUUUGUUAAUAGCUUAAGGGUGUCUAGUCGUACAAACUUUGAUAUAUGGGAACACUGGAACAGAGGAAGUUUUAAUUGUGGAACAGGUUAAAAAUUUGGAACAGUCAGACCACGAAAACGGCACAUGUAUUUUGUCCGAGAGAACAGACUUAAACUCUCUGAAUCGUGAUUAAACUCUCAUGCAAAAAUCAGACUGCUAUUUAUCACCAAAUGGGCAUUCUAAUGAAUAGAACACGUAGAAGAUGUCAAAUGACAGGAAUUAUGACAGGUGAUAAAUAGCAGUCUGAUUUUUGCAUGAGAGUUUAAAGAAAGGGUAACAAAUUAACCGUUUUCGUGGUACGACCGUUCCAAAUUUUUAACCUGUUCCACGAUUAAAACUUCCCCUGUUCCAGUGUUCCCAUAUAUCAAAGUUUGUCCGACUAGACACCCUUAAGCUAUUAACAAAUUUUCAGCUUGCUAAUUAAUCAACUUUUUUCCAUAUGCGGGAUUCAGACCUAAAAUGGCCGCCAGAUCCUACGCAGGAAAUAGUUAGAAUUUGCUUUUAUAUGUAUUACCUGUUGAAAAAACGCUUCAGUUACAAUUGAUGACAAUCCAAACCUCGUAUGAUCGGCAGUUUCGGCACCAUAUCGGUAGAUACAAGGUAUGGUUUGUCAGAUUUCUCAUUCGGUGCGCGAAUUAGGGAACAUACCACGUAGUUAGUACCACGUAUCUCCGUAUACCGUAAUAACAAAGAAACCAUACCUCGUAUUUUUUUAUUUAUAAUUAAAACAUAAUACUAAUAUAAUCUACUUAAUAUUGCUUCUAAAUUUAAUGAGAGUAUAGCACUUUUUAACACAUUUCGGCAAAAUGAUAUUAAUUUUGAUAAAGAUAAAAAAGAUGAAGAGUUUUUUCAUUUAUUGAAAAAUCUCCCAAGAUUCACAUACGAGGUGUGGCAUUGACGCCUAUGAUUUGAGAGUGCACACUGGGUAAAAACCUCAUAAGUGUGAAAUUUGUUUUAAGCAGUCUUUACAGCAACUCGUUUGAGAAUACAUAUGGGAGUGCACACCGGGGAAAAAUAUCAUAAAUGUGAAGUUUGUUGUAAGGAGUUUAGAGACAUACGUAACUUGAGAAGGCAUUUGAAAGUGCACACUUGAUAAAAACCUCAUAAGUGAAAUUUGUUUGAAGCAAUUUGCCGAAAAAUGUAGUUUAGAAACACAUUUCAAAUUACACACAAGAGAAAACCUCAAUAACCUAUUAUAACUUGAUAUACUUGAUAUAACUAAUGUCAUAAGCAGAGUUGACAGGUUUAAACCAAUAUGCUUGAAACCUUGGUUUAAUUAAACCAACUGGUUUUUAAGAAAAAAGCCUUGGUAUAUCUAUACCUAUGUCUAAUGGCCGUCACCAGCAAUAUCACCAACGACAAAUAGUAGUUGAUUCUAUGAAUAAAGUUAUUCGAGCAAUAAACUGACAUUUCUCCAUUUUCCUAACGUCAAAUAAGAAUUAUUUUAUUUAUUUAUCAAAUAAAUAUUUACUUUUCGAAUAAGUUGGUAAGUUAAACUCGCUAUAAAUAUCUAUAAGAAAGUAAAUUCGUCAGUUUAACUUUAAAUUAUCAAAAAUAUAUUGAAACAAAAAAAAAAAAAUAUAAACGUCUAAUAAAUUUUAUUCGACGAAUAACUAUUCAUUGAUUUAUUUGUUGUUGGUGAAACCAGACCUAAGACAUUCCAGAAGCCUGACGAUGUUUUCGUAACAUGUAACAUCGCACUAAUAAUUCUCAAUUAGUCAACAGAUAUUAGUACAGUGAAAAUAAUUAGAGGAUAACUGGACGAUAAUGAUUAUAAUAGAUAAAUUUAACGUUUUUUCUACUUUACUGACAAAAAAGCAAGCUCCUUAGCAGAACCGAAAUCAAAAUUAUUUUGCACAUCAUAUUUGAAACAUUAUUUGGUUGAAACAUCUCAGUUUUGUUUGUAAAAAAAUGUAUUAAUUUGUCUGGAAUAAAUUACAGUUCUGUUGUAUGGAAUUUGUUCUAAGCAAUUUAGAGAAAUAGGUAACUUGAAUUGCCAUUUAAAAAUUCACACUGGAAAAAAACCUCAGGAAAACCGUCAGUCGACGGAUAUUAGUACAGUUAAUUUGGCAGCAUGUUCUCCUGCGUCUUUUACUUUGAUUUUGCUUCUAAUCCAUUUAUUUGUUUUUUGUCUAUGAGUCUCAACCCGAGCAUUGAUCUUUCCAUCGCUCUCUGUGCCUUUACUAUUUUGUCCAUAUUGGCCUUGGUGAGUGUCCGCGUGUGUGUAACCAUACGUAAACGUAAGUAUAGAGAGGAUACACUGAUCGUAAACUCUGGUUCUCAAAUAUUGUUCUAUUUUAGUGUUUUUCAAGAUCCAACUCAGUUUUCCAAAUCCUGCCCACGCUAACCUUAUUCUUCUGGUAAUUUCGGCAGUUUGAUUUUAUUUGUUAACUUUCAUUAUCUGUCCCAGGUAGAUGUAUUCGCUUACUGUUUCUAACUUUAUGUCAUUCAACGUUAUUUUUGUUAUGUUCGGUGUAUUCGUCAUUACUUUUGUUUUUUCCAAGUUCAUCAGGGGCGUCAUUGGAUAGGGUCAGGGGGAGGGGCAUUUGCCCCCCCUCCCUGACCCUGAAAAUGACUAAAAUUUACAAAAAAAAAAUAGAUCAAUUUUGUAUCAUGUUUGCAUAUACAGUGAGCACGUAAAGGUUGGAAUAAAUUCAUUUUCUCGAGAAUGAACGAUUUUGGAAAAAAAUCCCGAAACAGGUCAAUUUUAAAUUGCGACUUUUUGGCAUAUAUAUCAUACUCGUGACGUCACCCAUCUGGGCGUGAUGACGUCAUCUAUUAUUUUUUUAAUGAGAAUAGGGGUCGUGUGAUAGCUCAUUUGAAAGGUAAUUCAAUUCUCUAUUCAGUAAUAUGAACAUUAACAUAAUUAUUUAUAUGGGGUGUCCAAAAAAUUUUUUUUUGAAUUAAAUUUAUUCACAUAAAAAGAAGAAUCUGUGCAAUUUAUUUAACUCAAAUUUUCCCUUUUUUACAGUUUCAAAGUUCUAGUAUCUAUUAAUCUAGAGGCAUAAGGUUUCGGCUCAAAACCUUCUAAAUCCUUUUCAAAAUACCACUGACUGAAAUGUUAACGUAGAAUCAAACCCUGCUAUAUUUAUAGUUUAAUGAACAAUAAAAUACUUCUUUUUGUUGUAUAUUUUUGGGAAAUUUACAUUCUUAAUGUUUUUUUGGUCUCCUGAAAAAUUUCAAAAGAAUAGAUCUACCAGGUUUUGUUUCUAUGGGCUAAGUAUAGGUAUUUUUUGUGUUAUAUUAAAAAUACUAAAUUUGUAUUAUUAUAUUAAAUACAUUUAAAAAUAAAUUAUCAACUAUCUGAA